UACCACCACAAAUCGACGCCGACAUCGUUGGAGGCACGAACACAAUCAUGAACCCGAAAGGACGCCUCCAUGACUAAAAAUAAUUUGGACGUCCAUCUCCAAUGGCUGCUGGACCAAGGCCCUUCACUAUAUCCUUCAUUGACAUCAUUCGCUCAAGAGAUUCAGAACACUGCCAGCCGACAGCCUACGACUCGUCCUCAGCCAGCGGACUCGAAUGCAAGCAUUGAUCGAUCGGGUAGUAUCCAUGUCGGCGAUUCCCAAGUCAUCAGAGAAACCAAAACGAACGAAGAGAAAGAUGCUGGAGGCGACAUCAUAGAGCUAGACGACCCGAACAUGGCACGAUUGCUACUUGCCCCUCAAUCCGCGAGUAAAUCUCGAUUGCUUAGUCGCCCUGGAGAACGUCCGACAAGUACUGGGAGUGCCGUGAAAGUCCGCCCCCUAGCGCAGUCUUUUACAGAACAGAGAGGAACAGCAGACCAGCGCGAUUUUGCUCAAGUGACUCAGCGAGGCUUCUCUGCUUCUUUUGAUAGUCCUGGUCGGCCGUUAAGCACGCCGCUUCGAUCGAAGCAUGCGGUGGACCUGACCUCGCCUUUACUGGAUAUAGAUUCCAUCGAUUUGACAGGCGACGUGGAACAACCUACGGUCUCGUCCGACACGGUAGAAGACUUCGGUACUCCCCGGCGAUUAUGGACAGAGGAUGCUGCGUCCCGCAAAGAACCAGUCGAGAAGAAGGGCAGAAAACGGAAAAGCGACGAGUACUUUUCAGAUCUCUUGUCACCAGGGCGGAGCACCCACAAACAUCGAUCACCCUCACCUCUCAUCUCCGCGAACUCUGCAUAUCCUGAACGCAAUGGCUUAUCAAUUCAGUCUCAAGCUCGACCAAACAAAUCACAACCAGCUUCGAAUGGUCGUAUCUCGUCACCGGUGAAACAGGGGGAACGUGAGGCCUCCCUAUCUCAGCCCGCUCGGCGCCCCACAGUCGUAGCUGAUUCUGACGAUAAUGACGACACUGACAACUUGUUUAAAUGGAUUGAAGAGGAAGAUGAUCCGAUUCUUUGUGAUAACGACGCUUUGUAUCCUGUCCUUCCUACAGUCUCCUCUCUCAGCGACACCGAAAUGGCUGAGCUCUCAAAGCGAUCAAAGAAGGAUUCCGUGCCCGGUUUACCUCCAGUUAGUGCCUUACCACGAAGCGACCCAGGGCCUGCCUCAGACUCAAAGGACAGGGUGCAUACGAGUGACCAGCAAGCUUCUCAGGCGCCCGGCGCAUCCUAUUUACCUGGCUCUCAACCUCGUGAUCAAACCGUCCUCCAGUUUCUCAGACUUCCAGUUAGCUCGCUUGAUGACUUGUUAUCAAGUCUCCAAGAUGCAGUCACAAAGAAUUCAGAAAUCGUCUACGAACGAGCUAUGCGAGGCGAGCCAGCGUCUGAGUUAGUGUCUGAGAACAAGUCCAUCCACGAGAAAAUGGAUGCUAUACGCUUGCUGAAACAAGAGAAAGAGGAAUAUCAGGCAUUUGAAGCGAAGCAGGAGAGCUUAAAGAAAGCUCUUAUACAACUGAUAUCACGAGGCUGUGACCCACAAACGAUGCCGGACGAACUUGCUCAAAGUCGAGACGUCACAUCAAAGCUUCAGAAGAUUGAGGAGAAUAUGAGUCGCCUACUGAGGACAGCCGGCUUUGACACUGAGACUCUGAAUUCAAUGUCUCGAGAUGCCAAAAAGCGUAGCUCGCAAUCAGCUUCCUGCGAUUCCCGACCUUGUACUACGGGAGCCUUGAAGGAUGGGGACAUUGCGCGUUUGGAAAAGGCGCGAGAAGCUCCCGGCUCCCGCAUCAUGUCUCCGCUGCGGAACUCGUUUGACCGUAAUCUUUCGCGGACGAACGUAGCCGAACGCACGUCUGGCACAUCAUUCAGGACGCCUGGCGGGGGUAACGCGCGUGAUGAGUUCCGCUUAGAUGAGCCGAUGAUCUAUGAGGAACAUGACGCAUUUACCAGAACUAUGGGAAGUCCGCCACGCCCGCUUGGCAACGUCGAUGAGUUUGAUCUCGAUGCCGAUGAUGUGGAUAUGCUGGAAGCCGCAGAGCAUUUUGAUGACGGUCUGACCUUGACAACCAAAACUUCUGGAUAUGAAUCUCGCAAAGUCUUUACUGAAACUUCCGGGAACGCCUCUCGUAUGCCUGCAACCCAGAAGUCGCAAAUCCACAAUCCCCUAUGGAAUCAAAACCCGUGGACAAAGGAUGUGAAGAAUGUGUUGAGAGAUAGGUUCCAUCUUCGUGGAUUUCGAAUGAACCAGCUUGAGGCUAUAGACGCUACUUUGAGUGGAAAGGAUACCUUCGUCCUCAUGCCUACGGGAGGAGGAAAGUCACUCUGCUACCAACUGCCCUCCAUUGUUACUAGCGGCUCAACCAGGGGAGUUACGAUCGUGGUGUCGCCGCUCCUAAGUUUGAUGCAAGACCAGGUGUCUCAUUUGAAACGACUAAAGAUCAAAGCGUUCUUAUUGAAUGGUGAAACAAAGCAAGAGGAGAGGCAGUGGAUUAUGCAGACACUGUCUGGGCCUGCAGCUGAAGAACAGAUCGAACUGCUGUACAUCACCCCGGAGAUGGUCAACAAGAGCCAAGCCCUCAUCCGAAGUCUGGAGAAGCUCAAUAGACGACGCAGACUUGCUCGUAUUGUGAUUGAUGAAGCUCAUUGUGUCAGUCAAUGGGGGCACGAUUUCCGCCCUGACUACAAAGCGCUGGGAGAAGUGAGAGAUCAGUUGCCUGGCGUUCCCAUGAUGGCACUGACUGCCACGGCAACAGAGAAUGUCAAAGUAGACGUCAUCCAUAACCUGAAGAUGGAAGGUUGUGAGAUCUUUACUCAAAGUUUCAAUCGUCCGAAUCUGACGUACGAGGUACGACAGAAGACGAAAUCUGCCGAGGUCCUGGAAAGCAUAGCGGACAUCAUCAAGACAUCUUACCCUAAUAAGUCCGGCAUUAUCUAUUGUCUGUCACGCAAAACUUGUGAAACUGUUGCCGAAGCUCUUACGUCGCAACACAACAUCAGGGCCGAAUAUUAUCAUGCUGGUAUGGAUUCCUCCAAGAGGGCGGAGGUACAGGAAUGGUGGCAGUCCGGCCGCGUUCAUGUGAUAGUCGCGACUAUUGCCUUUGGAAUGGGUAUCGAUAAGCCUGACGUACGCUUCGUUAUUCACCACAGCAUUCCAAAGAGCUUGGAAGGAUACUAUCAAGAGACUGGGCGGGCAGGUCGGGAUGGCAAGCGCUCAGGCUGCUACCUUUAUUACUCUUAUCGGGAUGCGACCUCUAUCAUGAGCAUGAUUGACAAAGGCGAGGGUAGCAAGCAACAGAAAAAUCGACAGCGCCAAAUGUUACGGAACGUCACGCAGUACUGUCUUAAUCUUGCGGAUUGCAGAAGAGUGCAGAUUCUUGCAUACUUCAAUGAGUAUUUCCGCCAAAAUGACUGCAACAAGUCUUGCGAUAAUUGCAAGUCUAACGGUAUUUUUGAGUACCGUGACUUCUCUCAGCAAGCCGCUUCUGUGUUGAAGAUUGUGCGAUACUUCCAGGACCUUGAGGACAAGGUUACUAUGUCCUAUUGCGUGAAUAUCUUCCGGGGAAGCGUGAAAAGAUUUCGCUCCCCUGAGCACAAGGAUGCACCUGGUUUCGGCGCAGGAUCAGGGUUGGACUUGCAGGUCGCGGAACGACUCUUUCAAUAUCUUCUUGUCGAGGGGGCUCUUUUCGAAGAAAAUGUGGUCAACGGUAGCAGAUUCGCGGUUCAAUAUAUCAAGCUUGGUCGGCGCGCCGCUGAUUUCGAGAGUGGGCGUUGCAGACUGAAAAUGCCCGUGCAAGUAUCACCAAACGGAAAAGGCCCAGCGGGAGCUGUCAGACCACGCGCAGAAGCGCCCCAAUCCACAAAUGUCUCAUCACCUGUGCAAUCAGCAAAUCGCCGACUCUUGGCACGGUAUCGUUACCAACACGAUUCCGACGGCGAAAUGGACAGUGACGGCUUUGAACAGAUUCGAAUAGCCGGCAAGCCGCGACAUGAAGCCCGUCGCAGUCCGGGCCGCCGAUCACCGUUGACCAGCGAUUCGAUAGCCUCGACUCUCUGCAUAAAACAGUCGCCGAGGAUUUCAUGUUCUAUGCGAAAAACUUCUUUGAUGCUCAAGAAGAACCUUCAAAACCAGCCUUUCAGUGAUGGGAUUCUGCGCGAAAUGGCCAUAGUCUUUCCUAAAAACUUGUCCGAACUUGCUCAGAUCCCUGGGAUAGACCCAGAUAAGGUCAACCGGUACGGAACACAGAUACUGAAGCUCGUACGCGAUGCUCAGCGUCGGUAUGAGGAAUUGAAACAGGAACGUGACAAUAACGACGACGUUGUUCCGGAUCCUAACCAUCAUAACGUGUACAACCUCACGGAAGACGAGGACGAGUUUAGCGAUGGUGAUGACCUAUUCGUGGACCAACUGGUAUCGACUGAGAAGAAAGACAGGAUUGUUCCAAGUCGAUACUUCCCAUCGCAGCCAGGGGCGGAAUCUGAAUCAUCGGACGAGUAUGAAGACACCCAAACUAACCGCUCCAAGAAAAGAAAGACUUCGUCCAAGAAGCGAUUCCACCGCAAGAACGCUGCCGGGUCGAGUUCAAGGACGAAAACGCCGCGACCUAGAAAGAAGCCCAGCGAUCAUGUCGACAAGCGCUCGGCUGGUUCCCGAACUGGCUCCAAAGCAAAGAAUACGGCCAAGAGUACUUCUACCAGCAUCGGAAUGAUGCCGAUCUGAUACCUGGCUACGGUCUUUCUUCCGUGUUUCAUUUAUGGCAUUAACGGUGUAUUUCAAACUCCGAGCAGUGAACUUUUUGAUGAGCUUUUGAUGUAUCUCUCGCAUUUUCAGGGCGUUUUGCCGCCAGUGGCUUCCAGAGCCGCUUCUGCUUUAAAGAACGUGGUCUUUGCCGGUCCUAGAUUUCUUACUGGCUUUCGGUUGAGCCGGUAUAUAUCCGUGGGAUGGCGUCUGAUUGUUUGUCUUUUACCAAGGUGUUUGGUGAACUGUGAUACCAUAUAUAACCUGGGGGAUGUAGUACGGC